AUGGACAAAAAUCUGCUCCUUUUUGUGCUUUUACUACCAACAGCUGCUUCAAAGGGUUCUCACUCUUUAUGGUUGCUUGCAACUUACAUUAAAGGGCAGUCACCUUUUCCUAAAUUUGGUAUCACAUAUAUGUUGGAUGACAUUAUAAUUGGAUAUUACGAUUCAGAGAGAAAGCUCCAUUUGGUGAGAGGAAAUACAACAGAAGAUGAUGACACAUUUGGCGAAAAUUAUCACAUGGAUAUAAUUCUAAGAUUACUCCAAUAUCACUAUGAAAACUUUUACUAUUCACUUUGCAUGGAAACUUUGAAGGGUUACCUUAAAAAGAGAGGAAAUCAAGUCAACAGGAAAGUGAAACCCAGAGUCAGACUUAUCCAGAAAGCAAACUCAGAUUCUGGAGGGUUUCGUGUGAGUUGUUUGGCAACAGGAUUUUACCCUCGUCACAUCAACCUGACCCUGUUCAGAGACAAGCAGUCUGUAGCUGAUCAUGAGAUCACUGGAGGAGAUCUGCUGCCCAAUGCUGACGGGACGUACCAGAUGAGGAAGAGUCUGGAGAUCAGAGCUGCAGACAAACACAAAUACACCUGCUCUGCCACACACCUCAGUCUGGACAACAAACUGGACGUAACUUUAGAAUUUGAAUUUAAAUCCAUGAUUCCCUCAAUUUUGAUAGUUUUGGCUCUGGUGUUGAUGUUUGGAACUGGAGCAGUUAUAUAUAAAUGGAAACAAGGAGCUUCAUCUAAAAGUGCUUAUUUUGCUGCUUCGUCUGAAGAGAGUUUGAAAACAUCAACACACAAAACACAACAGGAAGCCACACAGAUGAAGGAAACUUCUUAA